AUGUCCACACGUUCGUCCUUCAAGCGGCUCAAACAUUUCGAAUCCGACGAAGAGUCAGAUGACAGUGGAUUCCCAAUCAAAGUUUUCGUCGUGCAAGCCAAGCUGUCACCUGAAGAAAUCUCGGGACUAAUAAGUAUGGUCGAGCAGCAGAGCAUGCGCAUGUUGGAGUUGUGUUCGAUCCCGGCGGAAGCAGAUGUAAUCGUAACGGGGAUUCAGAUGAAGAAACGCCUGGAACGACAUAUCUCCUGGCAACUGGCUAAGCGGAGAGCGAUUGUCAGUCCGCAAUGGAUCAAAGAUUCCGUGGCGAAGGAGCAACUUAUGCCAUGCGGAGAUUACGCUGCGAUCCAAGAGCUACACGACGAAACAGUGCACAACUGCCCAGAUCCAAAGGGUUGCGAUGAAUGCAGCGGCACUUCGCAACCCGAAGUCGCACCCUCGUCAUUAUCAUACAAAGCCCGCUACGCAUGCCAACGUGCUUCUCCGCUUGUGUGCGCCAACCAGUCUUUGGCCAAGGAAAUCGACAUCCUCAAGCGUGCAAGGGAACUAGAAGGCGAAGCUAUGAGUGCCCUAGCCUAUGAAAGGGCCGUUGCUACUUACCGCUUAGCUUAUCCCCACGUUAUCAACCCAUCGAAAUUGGAAUUUGAUCUUGCAAAAAUAUCUAGCGUUGGAAAGAAGGUACAAGUCAAGAUUGAAGAGUACCUCACAACGGGACAAAUUUUGGAAGCUCGGGAAAUCCUGGCGUCACAACGCUUCCGAUCCCUAUCUGAGUUCAACACCAUCUACGGAAUAGGCCCCGUAACAGCCAGACAGCUAUACGACAAAGGAAUGUCGACCUUGGAACACCUAGAAUCAUACUACGACAUUCGCGCGCACAAUCCAGUUCUCGAAGAACAGACAAACCCAAAUAUCAUUGAGUCUCAAGUCAAACGACUAUCAACUAAGGGCAUACCGGAGGUCACCGUUCAGGUUGGACUUGCGCUGCGACACGAUCUGAGCCAGAAAAUUCCCCGCGAAGAGGUCCGCGAAAUGCAUGUUCUUGUCAUGAAGGAGUUAGAAACCCUUCAGCAUGGUUGUGUUAGUACGAUUGUUGGAGGGUAUAGAAGAGGGAAAGAAGAAAGCAACGAUGUGGAUAUUGUGAUCAGCCAUAAGGAUUGGCGGGGAGGCGGGGAGAAGAUUAAGGGUUUGUGCACAAGGCUGGUCAAGCAUCUAUACAACAAAGGGCUCGUCACCCAUGUCAUGCAUUUAUCCAGCUUCCGCCCUCACAAUGCACUACGGACAGGACACUGGGACUCUCUCGAGAAGGCCUUAACAAUAUUCCGCCUGCCUCAAUCCGAAGGGACGAGCAGAAUACACCGACGACUGGACCUGAUAUUCGCAUCUCCUGAGGCCUACUGGACGGCAGUGACCGGGUGGACUGGUUCCAAAAUGUUCGAACGGGACCUACGAUUAUGGGCAGAGCAUGAGAAAGGCUACAAGUUUGACAGUACCGGGAUAACACGGAGACAUGAUUCGAAGUUAUUUUAUCCGAAGAGCGAGCAGGAGGUGUUCGAAAUUUUGGGACUCGAGUGGGUCGAUCCUACGCUACGGAAUACCGGAGUCUAG